AUGAGGUCUCCGCGGCUCUGGGCAGCUGUGUGCCUCCUCCUCACCGCCUCCUGCCGGCUCUGCUCGGCCGCCAGACACGGUUGUUUGUUUGAGAAGAAGCUCUGCUCCAGAGAUCAGCUGUGCAAUGAUGACGGUUUGUUCGGCCAGUGCCUCGCUCCGCACCAGGAGCCGGUCCAGUACCAGGUGUCUGUGUCCGUCCUGCACAAGCUGCAGGAAGUCAUCAAAGACCUGAUGGUGCAAGGUCUGACCUGGAGGGAUGACAUCACCCAGGCCAUCAUCAGCCGAGAGCUGAGCCGCCUCCCCUCCGUCAGCUCCUCCUCAAAACUACUCGAGAAGUCGCCCAAACAGUCGUCCAGGCUGUCGGCCGUCAGUCAGCGGAGGGUUCAGGGACCCGAUGACGCCGCCGACCCCGAGGUGUUGCAGCAGUACGUGGACUACAUGAUCCUCGACCCGUCGCGAUCCUCCGUGCACGUGCAGACGCCCCUGCUGGACCCGUACAGCUACCACCAGCAGCAGUACGGAUAUCAGGAGGAAGCCGAGCGUUCCCUCAACUCUCUGGACGAUAAUCCGGCGUUCCCGUUCCUCGCCUCCUCUCCUCGCUCCGGUUCCCGUGGAAACGCUCUGGAUCGAGAUCGGCAGCUUCUCCAAGACUUGGUGUCCUUUUACCUCUCCGCUCCUUCCUCCUCUUCAUCCUCCUCCUCCUCUUCUUCUUCUUCCUCCUCCUCUUCCACCUCUCCUGUGCAGACUUUCACCCGCCACAGAGGAGCAUCACCACCCUCCUCCUCUUCAUCCUCCUCCUCCUCUUCUUCCUCUUUCUUCCCGGAGCUGGACUUCCCGCUGGACUACGGCGAGGACUACGUUUCCCAGGUUGCACAGCUCAGCAAGCAGCAGGCGGAGAAGAAGACGCAGGCGGAGUAUGACGCACUGGCAGGACUGGACGAGCGCUCCCUGCAGCGUCUGGCUCUCCUGCUCGAUCACUACGGACUCGACGUGAAGGAUUUAUCCCCCGAGCAGAGAGACAACCUGCCGGCCGCUCUGAAGCAGCUGCAGCUGGAGAGCAGCUUCACCCACAAACAGGUCAAAGAUAAAUAUGGAAACAAUGCUGCUGCAGGAAAGAAGCUGACAGAAGGCUCGAUGGCGUACAAGAUGGCCGCCGUUGCCGCCGAGGCUCCGACGGCCGCCACGAAGAACGUAAAACCAGACGGAGCCAAAAAAGAGACGACGACCGCUGCAGCGACCAAUCAGGACAAACUAGGAAAGAAGGAACCAGCGGUGUCCAAGACGGAGGAGUACGGAUACAUCGUCACCAACCAGAGCCCCCUCAGUCUGAACGACGGGGUGCGUCUGCUGCAGCUGCUGUCAGAGAGGAUCGGCCUCUCCUCCACUUCCUCCAUCAACAUCAGCGUGGUCGGACCUGCCAUCACCUUCAGGAUCCGACCCAACUCCAAGAACCUGACGGCCGGACACGUAGCAGAGAAAGCAGUCGCAGAGAAGAACUUCCUGGAGUCAGAGAUGGGACUGAAGGUUCUGCAGGGCGGUGUCGGAGAGUGCCCCAUCAUCGUUCACUGCAGCGACGGUACAGGCCGGACUGGGACUUACAUCCUGAUCGACAUGGUGCUGAAUCGUAUGGCUAAAGGUGUGAAGGAGAUCGACAUCGCUGCUACGCUGGAGCACGUUCGGGAUCAGAGACCUGGGAUGGUUCGCACCAAGGACCAGUUUGAGUUUGCUCUGACUGCUGUUGCUGAGGAAGUCAACGCCAUCCUCAAAGCUUUGCCUCAGUGA